AGCAAAGUGUUCUGCAGAGGAGGGAAAAUUCUGCAUGAGGGCGAUAUCAUCAAGAUGCCUAAACUAGCCAACACAUACGAGACUAUAGCCAGUGAAGGAGCAGAUGCCUUUUACACAGGAAGCCUGGCAAAACAGAUCAUCGAUGACAUCCGCAGUGUAGGGGGCAUUGUCACAUUGGAUGACCUGCGGGACUACAAUGCAACAGUGAUUGAAGACCCCAUACAGGUCACGCUGGGGGAGUUUACCCUCUACACGCCUAGUGCCCCCCUAAGUGGCCCAGUGCUAGCCCUCAUUUUCAACAUACUGAAAGGAUAUAAUUUCUCUGCUGACAGCGUCAAAACCACGGAGGAGAAAGGUCUGACUUACCACCGCAUUGUGGAGGCCUUUCGCUUUGCCUAUGCCAAGAGGACUUUAUUGGGAGAUCCAAAAUUUGUCAACAUUACAGAGGCAAUCAGAAACAUGACGUCCGAGUUCUUUGCGGAUGGUCUCCGGAGGAAAAUCACAGACAACACCUCCCAUCCAGUUGACUACUAUGAGCCAGUAUAUUACACUGGAGAUAAUGCCGGUACAUCCCACCUCUCCGUUGUGGCUGAUGACGGCAGUGCUGUGUCCGCCACCAGCACCAUCAACCAAUACUUUGGCUCUGAUGUACGAUCCAACGUGAGUGGAAUCAUAUUUAAUGAUGAGAUGGAUGACUUCAGUUCACCUUACAUAAUCAAUGGAUUUGGGAUCCCUCCUUCUCCAGCAAAUUUCAUAGCACCAGGUAAACAGCCGAUGUCCUCUAUGUGCCCCUCCAUCUUGGUGGAUAAAAUGAAAAAGGUCAGGAUGGUGGUUGGUGCUUCUGGAGGAACAAAAAUAACUACAGCAACAGCACUGACGAUCAUGAAUUCCAUCUGGUUUGGUUAUGAUGUGAAGAAAGCAGUGGAAGAGCCCAGAAUUCACGAUCAGCUGUUUCCCAAUAUCACAGAGCUUGAGCAGCAAAUGGAGGAGGGUAUAGAAGAACAACUAAAGAAGAGAAAACACGAUACCAUGCGGAUGAGCGGUGGUGCGGUUGUGCAGGCCAUUCUCAGAACAGAUAAAGGAUGGGCUGCAGCAUCUGAUUCCCGGAAAGGUGGCUUCCCUGCAGGCUACUGACGUGGCUCGGCUCCUUUUUUCAGUGGUCUAGUGACACUGAGAGCUGGGACGGUUCUCUACAGCCAUGACCGAAGUGCCUCAUGCCACAGCAGUCUGCUAAGACAAGCAUGUCUACCAGAAUGUGCAGUGCUUACUUGAAGAGUCUGUUCUGCCUUGAA